AUGGUAGGAAAGGACAGGUAUAAAAUGCAUCUGGCAGAGGCUGCUGACACAGUGGAAAAAUCAAGCUGCAACAAUCACUGGGCAGUAAAUCAAGCUAAUGCUGCUCGGCACAAGCUGGAGUCCACCGGUAUCGGGGGAGUUGCCUGUGCCAGACACAGUUGCUUUGUCCCUCACUCCAUGGUGGAUUUUCAGAAAGGCGAAAGGCAAGCCACAUCCACCAUUCCCCAUUCACAAGUUAACCAUGGACAAAUGAACAUGGACUAUGCCCUUUGCGAGGCUUCCCAGCACAACAUGGAAGGCAUCACCAGGGCUGUCACCUUCUAUGAUAUUAAUUCACCUAGCAAAAAGGAGAUCAAGCUUAGAUUGUUAGAGGAGGGUAACGCCCGCAAUGCAGCACCCUCUCGCAGAUCUGUGGCGACAUGGAUAUCGACAGGGUUAGCAAUUGAAGAGGCUCAGAUUGCAUUGCUCAUCGAGGUCCGAAGGAUUGGAAGAAGAUCCACCGAGACACAGAGAUUAGACAUCGCCCAUCAAAGAGAUCGGCUCCAAGGCCAGAUAGAUGGAUUUGCUCGGUCUGCUCUAACACAUCUCGGGGAGGGAUUUGAUGCAGAUGAUGAACCUGAAGACUUGGACGUAGACAUUCUAGAUGAUCUCGAUGAUGACCCGGCAGAUUUCACAGAGACAUCUCACACAUGGACAAACUCUCCCGAGCUAACUGUAAUCCCAUUGCCAUCAAACCUGGGGGUUGAUAGAUGCAGACAAUGCAUGGCAGAGGAUCUGAUUCCCCUGGAGAUGAUGCUUUGUGAAGGGCAGGCCAAUGAUGCCCUUUACAAUCUCCGCAUUUACCUUUGCAACAAGACCAUCCUGUUCCGAACAACCAUUAGGCAGGCCAAAUCCCAGGCCCUGAAAACUCGAGCUUGGUCCCAGGUGACAUCAGUGCAGCAGGCAGUCUCCCUCCAUGCCAGCAUAUAUACAAAGACAAGGAAGCAAAUGAUGAAACUUGAGCUGGGGCAAGACCAGCUUCAGAAAUACAAACCCCUGCUUUGCAAGCAACUCAAAAUCAGCACUGCAGUGGGAGACCCAAAUGCCCGAGGUCAACGAAAUGAAUCUUUGGCUUGGUUUUGGUCUGUUGAAGUCGACCUCGGGGGCCCUGAUCAAUCGUGGAAUGAAGAAUGUGAGUUCCCGCUUGCAUGUCAUAUCCCACGGUUACCUGACUGGACCCAUGCCAAGUUUACCGAGUCCAUUGGCUGA